UUAAGGAAAAAGUACCUAUCGCGGAAAACUUCUGUAGCUCUUGGCCGCCCCACACUGUGACAGCGUUUCCAUAUCUUCCGGGAUUUUAUGGUCAGAAAACACGGCUGAAACUCAGCAGAUUCAGAGUGCAGGAAGAAACGGUAAGGUUAACUGUGGGGAAAGUCGCGACGACGCAUUGCAGCUUAGAGCUCAUUCACUUGCCUGCUCCAUACCCAGGUAGUGGAUGGAUUCACCCUAAACAGCACAGCAUAAUAAGCUCUGACCUGCUCUUUGGUCUGCAGGAGUCUAUCUGGCCGAGGGUGUCGAUCCCAGAGGGAUUAGCCUGGCGCCGGGGAGCAAUGCCCCAGCCUGCAGACAUGGUCAACGUGGCCUUCCUGACCGACUCAGAAAGGGAGCUGAUCAUGGAGGUCCUGCGGAGAGAUGAGGAGCUAAGACGGGCCGAGGAGCAGCGUGUUCGGAGGCUGAAGGUGGAGCUGGUGGACAUAAAGCGAAAGGGGGCCAAGCGCAGUAGCGGGAGGUACAGUGAGAACAGCUGCGGACGCUGCCUGCAACCGCUGGGUCGGCUGUCUGGGACCAGCCAGUGUAAGGCCUGCAAACACCCAGUGUGCCACAACUGCCGCGCAGAGCGCUCCAAAGGAUCCUGGGUGUGCAGUGUGUGUGCUAAGGAGGCUGAUCUGAAAAAGUGCACAGGGGCCUGGUUCUAUGACCAGCGGGUCAACCGCUUCUCUACCGCCCCUGGACAUGACAUGGUGAAAACCUCCCUGAAAAAGUGGGCUCCAUCACGGAAAAGGGAAACAGCUGGAGAGGUCCUGUUGAGGAGUACAGAGCUGAACCCCAGCCAGUCGACUACCCCUGUUCCCCGACCCAGACUGAGGGACCUACCGACCUCCAACAAGGAUCUCCCAGACAGAGUCUCCGAAGAACCAGUUCAUGUGAAGGACCAGCAGCAGCGCAGUGACACUGAGUCUGCAGAGAGAACCAGUCUCAACAGCCUCAGGACGGACACGGAGUCCUCCCUCGGAACCCCUGUCUUCCCAAGCAAGAAGAGCUCCGGUCGCUCCAGUCCAGCCAGCUCCAGCAUGUCCAGUAUGAAUGUUCCAGUCAAAGCAGAGAGUGUCCACAGCUCCACCUCUGAUGGCAUCCACAGCUCCACCUCUGAUGGCAUCCACAGCUCCACCUCUGAUGGCAUCCACAGCUCCACCUCUGACGGCAUCCAAAGCGCCAUCUCUGGGACUACCUCCUCUCUGUCCCGUCGUGCUCCCAGUCCCAGCACAGGGUUCUCCUCUUUGGAGGAGGAUGGGUUGUUCAAGAGAAGUGUGAGGCGAUCUCCAAAACCCUCGGAAUUCACGUCGGUGUUGGACCUGCGUGGAGAGGUAGCCCUGACACCAGACACCUGUAUGGGGGACAGAAGUAAAUCUGUUCCUGGCCUCAAUGUGCCAGAUGAUGAAGAGGAAGAUGAAGACAUUGAUAACUUGGUGAGCAUCCAUAGGAAGGAGGUGUGCUCCAGUAUGUCGAAUCUUCGGGGCUCCAAGAGCACGCUGGGUAGCAUGAUGAGUAUCUACAGCGAGGCAGGAGACUACGACAGCGUGGCGGUUAGCGGGGACGUGCUGUUCUCUGUCAGAUAUGAAGACACCGUCCAGAGCCUGGACGUCCUCAUCAAGGAGUGCCACUCGCUGGCCCACGGAGAUGCAACCCGUCAGCGCUCCAACCCGUAUGUCAAGUGCUACCUUCUCCCUGACAAGUCUCGCAUGGGCAAGAAGAAAACCAGCGUCAAACGUAACACUGUGAACCCCACUUACAAUGAGACCCUAAAGUUCUCCGUCAGCCGCUCCCAGGUCCUUACUCGUUGCCUCCAGAUCUCAGUCUGGCACCAUGACCGUUUGGGCCGUAAUGCCUUCCUGGGUGAAGUAGAGGUGCCUCUGGGAAUCCGGGACCUAGACGCCGGUCAAGAGGAGUGUAUGGUGCUCGUGGGAAAAGCCCACCCAAUGCAGUCCUCCGCCUUCUCUCAGUACAAAGGAGAGCUGGUGAUUUCCCUGAAGUACGUCUCCGCCAAGAAACCCCCCGUCGAGAAGACCAAAGGCAGGUCCCUCUCCCUGGGUAAGAAGACGAAAACUGAGGAGGGAGGGGAGCUGCACGUCCUGAUUAAAGAGGCCAAGAACCUGACGGCGAUGAAAGCAGGGGGCACGUCGGACUCCUUCGUCAAAGGUUACUUGUUGCCGUCGAAGGCCAAGUCCACGAAGAGGAAGACUCCAGUGGUGAAGAAGACUCUAAACCCUCACUAUGAUCACACGUUUGUGUACAAAGACCUGACCCCGGCCCAGCUGAGGGAGAUGUACCUGGAGCUGACCGUGUGGGACCGGGAGGCCAUGUCCACUAAUGACUUCCUGGGCGGGGUUCGACUGAGCACAGGCGCAGCUUCACUGAACGUUGGAAAUGAGGAAGUGGAGGUAGAUUCCACAGGAGAUGAGGUGUCUCUGUGGCAGAAGAUGAUGCAGUACCCAGACUCGUGGGCAGAGGGCACACUUUCACUACGCUCCUCUAUGGGCAAGAACAAGAGCAAGUGAGGACUGCACUUCUCGCAACCUGUGAAGAGCCAUGGCAACUUCCUUUAUUGUCACUAUUAUCUGUAACCAAAGGAGGCAUUUGUCACACAGCUGUGUCUGACCACAGAACACACAGCUGUGUCUGACCACAGAACACACAGCUGUGUCUGACCACAGAACACACAGCUGUGUCUGACCACAGAACAUGCAGCACAACAAUAUUGGCCUACAAAGCGAUUUGAAAGCAUGUUCGGUCAAUGCCACCGUGAUCUUGUGGUUUCUGAUAGCGGUGAUAUCAAUGUAUAUUUUUUAAUACAUGGUUGCAUCUGAAUGCCUUUUCAAAUCAGGAAUGGCAGUGGUCACAGAGUUUUAAUGAAAUACCAGAGCUCAAGUUUGUUUAAUCCAUGCUCAGAAAACCAUUAACUAUUAACUCUAGCGCUCUUCUGGGUUUCUGGUGUUCGUUGAAUUUCAAUGAAUAUGACCUGUGUGUCUGUGACAAGGAUGUCAAUGUAGAUAAUAAUAUUGCACACAAAGCAAAUCACUUUUAUUCUUUUAUUUAUAGUCUUCAAAAUAAAUGUUCACGUCAUUUUAUAUGGCUUUUAAUGUUUGACUGUAUCCAAUAUUUUAUUCACCUAAUAAAUAUAUGAAAUGACUAAACGUGUAA